AUGGAGAGGACAUUGAUUGUUCGUGAAUAUUUUACGGACAUAGAUGAAAAUGAUUGGGUAAACUUCUAUUCUACUGUAAGUCAGAUGACAGCUGGAGGAAGCAAAGUGGUAAUCAUAAGUAGGAUUGAAAAUCUUGCAAGGUUCGGAACAGCAAAGGCAGUUCAUCUAAAUAGUUUAUCACAGGAGGAGUACAGCUACCUUUUCAAGAUGCUAGCGACCGACCAAAAGGACCAUCCAAAGAUGGUCUCAGUUGCAAAUGAUCUUGCAGUAGUAUUGGGUGGAUCAUUGAUAACAGCCAAUAUGAUAUCUGACAUGCUUAGAAGGAACCAUAAUGUUCACUUCUGGCUUAGAAUAUUGCGACGCUUCGAGAGGAUGGUGAAGAACAACUUUUUGAAAUAUGGUGAGCAUCCGAAAGAUAUCAUUGAGAAAGAGCAGCCAGUAGAUAGCACCGAAUUUAUGACAUCUUAUCCUACUCACGCCUGCAUUCUUGUAAAGCCACCUCGAGUAGAAAGGGAUGAUAUUCCAAACUAUAAGAAACCAAGUAUAUCGUUCAAAGAGGUAAUAGCUAGAUCGGUGGCAAUUUCAGGUGGUGAUUUUGAAAUAGCAACGUGGGAAUCACGAAUAUCACCUUAUACUAAGUAUGUAUCUUCUGCUACAGCUUUAUUUCAUGACAAGAAUGGAUCUACAACAACUACAAGGAAGCGCCGAAGCACCAGUUGA